CGACCCCGGAAGCAAUCGCCCUGCCCAGCUGCUUCGCUGCAAACUGGUGCCAAGGGGGCGAAGGGGUCGCCCUCUUCCCGUUUCAAUGUUCUUCUCCCCCACUUUGCUGGCGAGUGUCUUGCCCGUCCUAUUGUCUCCCUGGGCGGUGACCGGGAGCCGUUCGGAGAGCCCCGCAGAAGAGCUUAAAAAGAAAGUGACGCAAAAACUGGAGUCUGCACCAUGGUGGCUUCCUAUUGAGAAAGCAUUUUGGAGACAGCCUUCAGGUCCUGGAUCCAGCAUCAAAGACAGGCUAGACUAUCCAGUAUUGCACGUGAGCUGGAAUGAUGCUCAGGCUUUUUGCAAAUGGAAAGGGAAGAGGCUACCAACAGAAGAGGAGUGGGAGUUUGCUGCUAGGGGAGGCCUGGAGAACAGAUUGUAUCCUUGGGGAAACAAAUUCUUAGCCAACCGCACAAACCUCUGGCAGGGUAACUUCCCCGAAGUCGACACAGCUGAAGAUGGCUUCCGCGGAGCAUCCCCAGUGGCAGCCUUCCCUCCUCAGAAUAACUAUGGCUUAUACGAUUUGUUAGGAAAUACUUGGGAAUGGACAUCCUCAGAGUAUCGUCCAGAUGGUCCUGCAUCCCGCCAGCCGGGCCAAAAGAUGCAUGUCCUGCGAGGAGCAUCCUGGAUUGAUACAGUGGAUGGCUCUGCCAAUCACAAAGCUCAGGUUACAACCAGGAUGGGGAACACUCCUGAUUCUUCUUCAGACAACUUGAGUUUCCGAUGUGCCACCAGCCUCGUCAAGCAGCCAGCGCAGGAAGCUGUCGGCAAAAAGGCUGAACUCUGAAGCCAACAUUAAGCUCCUCUAAAAAGACCCAGAUCUUUUCUCCUGUGGAGAUGGGUCAGCCUGCAUCCUUGUUGGCCAGACUUUGGGUAUUUUUUUUUUGAUGAUUUUGAUAAAGGGCAAUGUUAAUGCUUGAAAGCUAAAAAUGGACAAAACUUUUCUACUGGUUGUAAUUGCAAUACAGAUACUCAUUGUUUGAUAUUUUCAGAUUACUGGUUUCGUUCUGGAACAAUCCUAUGCAGGAAACCAUUGUGUUACCGAAACUGAGAUUGGCCUGGCUCAUUCAUUUCUCUAAGCCAUGUAGAGUAUUUGUUUCUGGUGUAGCAUUUUGAAUAAAUUCAUCUGUUAAGAUUUGCAAGCUA